AUGGGUUUCUAUACAGAGGUUAAAGAAAAAAGCAGCGAAAAGGAAAAAACUGAGCUGAAGUACAUGUCAAAUAAGACACAACAAUCGUACGAAGAUUACAAGAGAGUAGUGAUGCUCAUCAUAAGGUUAAAACUAGCAAAAAUUAAGAGAACAAAUACAAAUACCAGCACACCUAUAAAUACAAGAGAACUGAUGAGAGACGAAAAUCUGAAGAAGAGUUAUGCGAAUCAAAUUAAUGAAAGAGUGCGAGUAAUAGAACAAAAUGAUGAUAUCGAAGAGAUGGUCAAUGAUAUUAAAAGAACGAUUCUGGCAGUAAACAGGGAAGUUAAAACACAGAUCAGAAAGAGAAAGCAUAACGAAUGGAUGACGGACGAAAUUAUAGAUCUAAUGGAAAAGCCAAGGCAACAUAAACAACAACCAAAAGAACGUUGGAUGGUGGAAAGGUGCAACGAAAUAGAACAAUUGCAGAAAAAAGGAGAUAGUUUUGCACUACAUAAGAAGAUCAAAGAAAUAUCGAAUAUACACAAAAGCCACCACAGAACAAGAAUACGCAACGACAGAAACGAAUACAUAGAGUCAGAAGAGGAGAUCGCAAUGGCGUGGAAAGAAUACGCAGAAAGCCUUUUUAAUGACGAAAGACCAACACAACCAACGCGCAAACUUCCUUCCGAAAACUUAUCAGGGCCAUCAAUAAUGCGAAGUGAAAUAGAAUAUGCAGUUAGAACCACAAAGAUGCAUAAAGUAACAGGUCCAGAUGAAAUUAAUAUAGAAGCAAUAAAACUACUAGACGAUGAGAAUAUCGAAAUCUUGGUAAGGCUGUUCAAUGGAAUUUAUGAUACUGGUUACAUUCCGCGAGAAUGGCUGCAGUCAUCCUUUGUGAUGAUCCCAAAAACAGCUAAUGCCACAAAAUGCAAUGAACACCGCUUAAUCAGUUUAAUGAGUCACUUGUUGAAACUCUUCCUUAGGAUAUUACACCUAAGAAUGUACAAUAUACUAGAAGAACUUAGCGGGUCAACACAAUUCGGUUUUAAGGGAGGACUAGGAACAAGAGAGGCAAUUUUAUGUUUGAACACCUUAGUACAAAACUGCUUAGAUCAACGAAAAGAUGUCUAUCUCACCUUCAUCGACUACGAGAAGGCAUUUGACAAUGUGAGGAUUGAUCAAGACCAAUAUACGGAUGAAUUUGAAAUCCGGAAAGGUGUCCGCCAAGGCUGCAUACUCUCUCCGAUACUUUUUAAUUUAUAUGUUGAAAAUAUAUUUGCGGAAGCAUUAGAAGAUACGGAAUUAGGCAUUAAGGUGAACGGCAUACCAAUUAGCACCCUACGCUAUGCGGACGACACAGUGAUUAUAACUGACAAUUUGGAAGAUCAGCAGUUAUUACUUGAUAGGGUGAAUAGCAUAGGUAAAAAAUAUGGCAUCAAAAUCAACAUUUUGAAAACGAAAUAUAUGGUCAUUAGCAGAAACCCUCCAGAAAACCCGAUAAUAUGCAUAGGUGACAAUCGUAUAAAACGCGUGAAAACUUUUAAAUACCUUGGCACUACAAUCAAUGACUAA